CGCAACCAAACACAAACCGAUAAGAAAUUCUUUGUUUCCUCUCAUCAAAAGAACAAAACACUGUUCUAAAUCACAACUAUCUCAUCACCUGAGAUUUAUUUUUUUUAUUAUUAUUUUAAUUCUUUUUUUUUUUUAACGAAUACGAACGCCAACUAUACUAAAUCAAAAAAGGAAGAAAGAAAAAUGGUGAAACAGAGCCCUAUUGAGAAGAAUCCAGAGUCAGAGCGAAGUGAUUUAAGGUAUAAGGGCGUACGGAAGAGGAAGUGGGGGAAAUGGGUCUCCGAAAUCAGGCUACCCAACAGCCGGGAGAGGAUUUGGUUGGGGUCUUACGACACCGCCGAGAAGGCGGCGCGUGCAUUCGAUGCUGCUCUUUUCUGCUUGCGUGGCAGGACGGCCAAGUUCAACUUCCCCAAUAGUCCACCGGAGAUUGCCGGUGGCAGGUCUCUCACGCCGACCGAGAUCCAGGCAGCGGCGGCUAGGUUCGCGAACUCGGAGGCGGCAAACGGCCGCCAUUCGGGUCGGACCGUGCCCGAGAUAAUACAGAUGGAGUCACCAUCGCCAUCAGUGUCGGAAGGGAGUGGGAUGGCCCACUUCGACAGUGACGUGGCGACCAACGUGUCGUGUAUGGAUUUGUUUUCGAAUUUGGGUACGGGUAAUUAUGCUACAGAAUACGGAUUGUUUCCGGGUUUUGAUGAUCUGACCGGCGAUUUUUUCUCACCGCCGUUACCAACUAUCGAUUACGGAGAAGAUAACUCCUUCGAUGAGUAUCUACAUCAGGAUUCAUUCCUCUGGAAUUUCUGAAAAAUAUUAGGAAAAAAAAAAGAAAUACUUUUAAGUAGUACUACCAUAUUUUUUACGGGUCAGGAUUCGGAUCAUUUUUUAAUUUUUCCGAAUCUCAAUGACUUGUUAUUUGACCCGGAGUUAUUUGAAUUCGGGUGUGGGUGGACCAAUUUUAGUACGGGACGUCCUUCUAUAGUACGAUUUUUUUUUUUUAAAUAACAAUUGUUUACUGUAAUCGAAAUGUAAAGGGAUAUACAUUUUGUAAUUUUAUUUCAAGUAUCAUAAAUUUAUUGAACUCGUGAGCGCAUUAUUCUUUAUAUGAA